GAUCUUCUCAGUUAUCUCAAGGCCACUCCCAAGGAUAUUUGUUUGGUAGCUUUGGAUUUCGCAGGUUUGAGCACCGACUGCCACGAUAUAUAUCAAUUUGUUUGUGACAAUACCCGUAUACAGAAACUUGUGAUUGAUCUUAUACCAUCGUUAUCAAAAGUGAUCAUUUUCGACCGACGGGAUAUUAUUUCCAAACCAGAAAUAUUAGAAGCUUUCAACUGUCGACCGGCCCCUGCCAAGCGCUCAAGAUAG